AUGGAGGCUUUAAGUCUCUCCGUCAACGCAGUGUCCUACACUGUGGCGGCUGAGCUGAGUCCGAUCGAUGACCCAUUCGCUGGACCCAUUCAAAAUAUCGCACCGUGGAACUUCACCGUUCUGGCCCUACUCAUGUUUGUGGUCACUUCUCUUUCUCUAAGCGAAAACUUCCUCGUCAUGUUUGCCACUUAUAAGUUUAAACAACUCCGACAACCACUGAACUACAUUAUAGUGAACUUGGCCAUUGCAGACUUUCUAGUCUCUCUCACAGGAGGACUCAUAAGUUUCCUCACAAAUGCAAGAGGUUAUUUCUUCUUGGGCCGCUGGGCUUGCGUGCUGGAAGGCUUCGCUGUCACUUUUUUCGGAAUUGUAGCCCUGUGGUCUCUGGCCGUUCUGUCGUUCGAGCGAUUCUUCGUAAUUUGCAGACCUCUUGGCAACAUUCGACUGCAAGCCAAACAUGCCGUCAUGGGUCUGCUCUUCGUCUGGAUCUUUUCCUUCGUUUGGACCUUCCCUCCCGUGCUGGGCUGGAACAGAUACACUGUCAGCAAGAUUGGAACAACUUGUGAGCCUGACUGGUAUUCAACAAACAUCACUGACCACAGCUACAUCAUCACUUUCUUCUCCACUUGUUUCAUUCUGCCUCUGGGACUUAUCUUCUUCUGCUAUGGGAAGCUCCUGCGUAAGCUCAGGAAGGUGUCCCAUGGUCGUCUGGCCAAUGCCAGGAAGCCUGAGCGUCAGGUGACCCGUAUGGUUGUGGUCAUGAUUAUAGCAUUCAUGGUGGCAUGGACACCAUAUGCAGUCUUUGCUAUACUGGUCACAAUUCACCCAACGAUUGAAAUAGAUGCGAGGUUGGCUUCCAUCCCUGCAUUCUUCUCCAAGACAGCUGCGGUGUACAACCCAAUAAUCUACGUGUUCAUGAACCGACAGUUUAGGAAGUGCAUCAUCCAACUAUUUACCGGCAUUGUGGCCGUACCAGAAAGCAACAUGAACCAGACAUCAGAGCGACCAGGAACCACUGCGGACAGUCAAACUGGUGAAAUGGCUGCCAUUGCGGCCCGUAUCCCCAUCGGUGAUACAACAUUGCCGAGGUCUGAGGAUUCUCCAACUGACUGUGGCUCCUUUGCUCAGCUCCCCAUACCAGAGAACAAAGUGUGUCCUAUGUAA